UUCAUUGUUUACUUCCGACAUGUAGAACGCACGUUAUUUUUCUUUCAGUUCAAGUGUCAGUUGUGAUUUUGUGUGGUGAACAGAAACCUUUAUGUCAAAAUGAGUAAAUGUCCCAUUUCAUGGAAUGUUCCUGUUGAUACUGGCCACAAUUUCUUCUUCACUCAAGAAACUUUCAACAAAUAUUCGAAACCGGAAACAUAUGAAGAGAAGAUUAGAAAAAGAUAUGAGUUAUUCCCGCCGAGAGAAUGUCAUCUUGGUGUGAAUGCUAAAUCUAAAAGAUCAAAGAAGAAGGUGAAUGAGAAAAAAACAAAAAGUUGGGAUAAAGAAGAUAAAGAAUCUCUGUAUAAAGUUCAAUCACUUAGUGAUGCCAGUGAAGAGGAGGAGGAGCUUAUAUUUGAUGUUGAAGAAGAUUUUGAAGAAUUUGGUGUUGUAAAGAAAAUUACACCAAAACAGAACAAACAAAAAGAAAAAGCUAAAACAAGAGGCCAGAAGGUCACAGAUGUUGUUGUACUUGAUACUGAAAAGAAAGAAGCUUUGCAGAAAAAUAAAUUUCAACAUACUAGUACAAAACAAUCUGAUACUCAGCAGAAACAUACAGAUGAUACAGAGUUACAACAAACACAGCCAUGUAUUGAAGAUUUGGAAGAGUUUGGUGUAGAAAAGGCUUACAAUACAGAAAAGAAGGAACCCUCAGCACAAAGUGUAGAUAUCAAUCAAAUAGAGGAAUUUGGUAUUCCUAAAACUAUAUCAAAUCAAAGUGACAUUUUGGAAGGUUCCAUGCCAGGAAACCAGAACCAUCAACAGAAAGAGAGUAAUAAAGAACAAAAGAAAAGAACAGAAGAAUUUCCAUGGGACACUAAAUCCAGAGAUAGGAAGAGUGAUAAGGCAGAUUCAAAGAUAUUCAGAUAUCAGAACAGGAAAUCUAAUUUAAACAGUAGAGAACAGAGCCGUUAUUUAAACUUGCAUUACAAAUAUAAUACAUUUACUCCUAAAAGUCCAUCAGAGAGGGAAAAACGUGAAAUGAAAGACUUUAUGACUUUACAUGAGAGGGUAAUAGAAGAACAAAAGGAAUACCAGCAGUAUCUAGAAAAACUGGCUCAUACUGCGAAAUCAGAUUAUAAUUAUUUAGCACCUGAAGCUGAUCGAUAUUUCAAGGAAAGGUUAGCCAUGAAGAAAAAGCGAGUCCAGUUGUACCCUCAGUACUACAAUGUUUGUGACAAAUUAAAUCUUUUAACAACUGGACCUCCAUGUCAGUUACUGUUUGUCAUGUCCUUGUUAGAACUGGGAACAGUACCAAAGCUUGUUGUACCAAAUAUGAAUGUAGGAGAAAGACCAAGGAUACCAUUAGACUAUGAUUCUAUUGCCAAACAUUGUCCAUGUGAUCAUAAUAAACCUUCCAAUGUUUGGAACAAUCAGCCUUGUAGCAAGGACCAGAACUGUGAUGUUUUAUCUCAGAGGUCCAAAGUACACAUCACAAUAUCAGCCAGUGCUAUUGCUUGUAUUGUAAAUAACCAUGCUCCUAACUACAACAGGGAAUGGGAGAUACCAUUUACUGUCAAGGAUUACCAGCUUCAGGAUGGCGAUAAGAAGUUUAUGCAUCGUGUUGUGUACAUUGAUAAUCCACUUCCUGCUAAAGAGCUCACAGGACGAGACAAAAAUACAAUGUUCUAUAAAUAUGCUUUGCGUUCACAUAUGGGGAGACUUAAUCAAACAGGUCACAUCUUCACAUUGAAUCAGAAAAUAGAAUCAGAUUCUACAAGUCCAGAAUCUUUGAAGUUACCAAGGAAACAGUCUUCUGUAGAACAGUCACACAAUACAGAACUGAUAAUUGAUGACACUGAAAAUGUAGCAUCUCUGUUAUCACCUAUCAAAUCACCUUCAAAUGAACAAAAGAAAAAGAUGAGCAAAAUAAAAAGAGGGGAAAAGGUCAAAGAUUGUGAAGAAGUUGUGGGAGAUGAUCCAUUUGGAACAAUGGAAGUUUCCAUGGAAGAUUUAGAAACAUUUGGGAUGGAUAUGUCAGCAAACAAAACAUUCAAGAAACUUGGAGAAAAGAAGAAUGUAACUAGUUCAAAGGAAGAUCCACCUGUUGAAAUCAAUUUAGCUGCUGAGAAGAAACUUCCAGCUAAAGAUGGUUUCAUUGUUGGUAAAGCCAUUAAAGGUCAAGUGUCAGAUCACAGUGAAACCUUGAAAUCAAACGAAUUGGAUAUAAGUAAGGGAAAAGAAUCAUUAGAUUCAGUUCAAGAAGUUUCUUCUCUUUCUUCAGAUGGAGAUUGUAAAAUAAUUGAUCUGGAUAAUAGUGAAAAAGAAAAAGGAAAAUUGGCAGAAAAUUUUCAAUCUCCCAAAAUUAUAGGAAAUAAUGAGGAAGUUGACAGAAUUGAUACAUCAAUACCUAAUGUAAAGAGUGACUUAAAUGUUGAAGACUCAGUCUCUAAUUCUGUUGAAAUUUCAGAUAGUUUCAAAAUUGAUGAAAGUUCAGUCAAAACUUCUGAAUCUGUAUCUAAUGAUAAAGAACCUGAAAGUAUUGGACAAGAAUUGAAAGUGGAUAUAGUUGUCUCCUCACAACCAUGUGACUUACAAAUGAGUUCUGCUAGUGAUGAUGAGUCAGAUGCUCUUGUCAUUGAUGAACCUGAAAAUGAGAACAUAAAAACAGUAUCUGGUCAUGUUGCUAUGGAAACACCAGCUAGUCCUGUCCCAGAAACACCUCUUAGUCCUGUGUUAUUUGGAAGCUCAUUUGGUAGUGCAUUCAGUCCACCUGCUAGUCCCAGUAAGAGAUUAUGUAGAUCAAUUGACAUGAAUGAUAGAACUCCAAGAUGUUCUUUUAAUAGUGUAGAUGGAGUUAAGUCCCCUGACAGGAUGGACAGAAACUCACCUACUAGUCCAGAUCAUACUACAUUUAGUUCUCCUGAAAGUAAGCCAUGUAAAAUCAUACCCCUACAGAGAGAUAGUGAAGAAGAAUUUGUAACUGACAAUUCUAAUGUUUUACCUCAUCCGAUAAAUCUUUUUUAUCCAGGAGCUAAUAUAAAUCAAAUCGGAUUAAGAAAGAAAGUUGAGGAGAUAUCUGACUCUGAAGGGAAUACUGAAAGUAAACCGUCAAUAGAUAUAUCAUCUGCAGGUAUUCUGAGCAAAUAUAACACUUCUGACGAUAGCUUUAAAAAGGUUUCAAACUGUAAAGCACUUGAUAUAAAAACUUUGCAACUUUCAGAUGACACAACUGUAUUAAAAUCAGAUCUCCACACUUCUAGUAUAACAAAAGGUGAUGAAGUACGUGACUCUAUAGAUCAAUCAGAACCAGAUAGUCUGUGUUUGAUUAAACCUAUGGACUGUACUGAUUUAUCUGUUCAGAACCAAGAUUCUAAUACUUCUUCCUCUAAGAUAAUCAAAGGUAUCAGUCAUAAUGUUGAAGGAGACAGUCAAAAUGUUGAAGGUGGCAGUCAUAAUGUUGAAGGAGACAGUCAUAAUGUUGAAGGCGACAGUCAUAAUGUUGAAGGAGACAGUCAUAAUGUUGAAGGAGACAGUCAUAAUGUUGAAGGAGACAGUCAUAAUGUUGAAGGCGACAGUCAUAAUGUUGAAGGAGACAGUCAUAAUGUUGAAGGAGACAGUCAUAAUGUUGAAGGCGACAGUCAUAAUGUUGAAGGAGACAGUCAUAAUGUUGAAGGUGGCAGUCAUAAUGUUGAAAGAGACAGUCAUAAUGUUGAAGGAGACAGUCAUAAUGUUGAAGGUGGCAGUCAUAAUGUUGAAGGAGACAGUCAUAAUGUUGAAGGCGACAGUCAUAAUGUUGAAGGAGACAGUCAUAAUGUUGAAGGAGACAGUCAUAAUGUUGAAGGCGACAGUCAUAAUGUUGAAGGAGACAGUCAUAAUGUUGAAGGAGACAGUCAUAAUGUUGAAGGCGACAGUUAUAAUGUUGAAGGUGGCAGUCAAAUUAUGGAAACUGGAAACAUUGAUAAUAAUACUGGUAAAGAUGACCUUGAUUCUAGUGAUAACGAAAUAUUACAAAUUAAUACUGUUCUGUCAAAAGAUGGCAGUGAUUCCUCAGAUGAGUUUGUCUCCCCUCGAUCAAAAAUCUUAAGAAAGAAUAAAGACAGAAAUAAAAAAUGUGAUGGUCAGACAAAUAAAUUCCGAGCUGCAGUUAUUGAGAGUGAUUCUGAGUCGGAUGAAGAAGUUGGAUCAAAACAACAUUCAGUGACUGAUAAAUGUAGCAGUGGUACUAUAAGUCCUUUUACCAGUAGUGAAACAAAUGAUUUGGGUAAAAGACCUUUAAGUAGAUGUAAUAGUACAGAAAAUGAAGAAGAAAAUGAAAUAGUCAAAAGACUGCUUCAACCAUCACAAAGGAAAGGACAUAGGUCUAAUAAGAGCAAAGAUGUCAAAACAGAAGUCACCAUCAAUGUAGAGGCAGAAAGUGAAAAUCUUGAAGAAAUGGCUUGUACUCGCAGGAAAACUAGGUCUUCUGUAGGGUUAAAGAAACAAGAGACAACACAAAAUACAAAAACUUUAAAACUACCUUCAUCACCAAAAAAAUUUAAAUCUGUUGAUGAUCAUCAGCUAUCUGAUUUUUGUGAAGAGUCAAUGCUAACCAAAAGACAAACUAGAAGAAGCAUGGACAACCAGGACCAAGAACAAAGAUCUAGUAAACUGGCAAUAUUAGAUAGAGUCAAGAAAAAUUUGAGGUCAAAAUCUACAUCACAAGAAACUAGUACAGAAAAGCAAACAGAUAAUACAGAUAACGAACAGUUAAAACGGAAAAGAGGACGUCCUCAAAAAAGAAAAUCUGUCCAAGAAGACAUUCACAGUAUUGAUGAAUCUGCAUCUAAGAGUGAGAAGCAGGAUUCUGAAAUGAAAGUAGUUGAAGGUAGCAUUGAAGAGGAGACCACUCAAUUAUCAAAUGAGAAAGACAUUACAAAGCUUACAAUGACAAAAUCAAUGGCUAAUCAGGAAAAUACUUAUACUAUAGAGGUGAACAUGACAGAUGUUGGGGAUUCAAAUGACGGAAAAGGCACAGAAAAUCAACAGAAAUCUAGUGUUUGUAAUUUCAGAGACAAAGAUCAAAAUACUGGAGAUGACAUCAAUAUAAAUCAUCAAAAAGACAUUUUAGAAAAAGGAAAGUCAAACGAAACAGAACCAGCCGCUGUUGUGAAAACCCAGUCACAGAAAGUGGACACCCAUGUAAAGAAAGCUAAGACACUUCAUACGACAGUACAGAAAGGUCAACAAAAAUCUGUUAAUCCUUUAGAAAAUAUCCUGCAAGCUCAAGAAAGACUGUUGGAUAAUCCAAAACUCCACAGAGACCAAGCUCAGCAAGAGUACUUCUCUCAGUUCAAAUUUCCUGCUAGACAUAAUGUUACUUAUCAUCUGUGGUCACUAGGGGCAUAUAAGGUUAUGAUCAGGUCUGGUUACCAUGGAGUGUAUAAAGAUCCACAGCAGAAGGUAUCAUUUAUCCAUGUAUCCCCUAAGAUGGAAUACCAGUCGAAUUAUGGUGUAGAACAGCUUACUGUUAGUGAGGUCUCCAAAGAUUGGGCAUCUGCAUAUGUCAGACCUAACUGUAAAAUUAUCAGAGCCAGAGUCAAUCCUUUGCAAUCAGAUAUUGUGUCCAUGAAGGAAGAAGAAUUAAAUAAAAUGUCAACAAUGUCUCAUGGUUACAAUCCAGCAAAUGGAUUUCAGAUGCUAGCCAAUGUGUUCCAUAGACUUCAUCAGUGUUCACCUGGGCAGUAUCUGUUACAUCAUUCCCCUGGAUCAUCUGAAUGUCAGAUUAAAAAGGCAACAGAAAAUAAUAAAAGGGGCACUUAUGAUUUACAUAUGAACCACUUUGGAUUAUUGGGAGGUGAAAAAGAUAGCCAUCAGAUACCAUGGAUACCUAUAGAUACUAACUUUAUACAACAAAGAUUUCAUAAGAAAGGAAGAAUACCAGCUACAUUUGAACCAAGAGAUUACAAACCUGGAACUAAAAAGAAGAAGAAGAGAGGAAAACACUAAGAUUAAUUUCAUUAAUAUAUAUAUUUAAGUGCAUCCAAGAAAUCACAAUUUAAUUGUUCAAAAUAUUUUGCAGAAUAUCAACAGUUUUAUACUAUAUAAUUGUUUAUAAAUAAACAACUGCUAAACCAAUGCCUCCUAAAUUUUGUAUAAUUGUUUGUUAGUAAGAUGUUGUGAGAUAAACUUAUUACAAGAGAGGUUUCCUAUCAUGUAGUACAGACACUUGUAUUUGUUAUUGUUAUAAUUUUUUUAUGUUUGGAAAAAUAAAAUAUUCCACAUGC